AUGCGAACAUUUUUCUACUUCUCUUUUUUCACCGCGAUUUUCGCACAAGAUAUCUGGUACAAAUGCGUGAAAACGGAUCUCGAUUUUGAAAUUAGACGAUUCAAUUUGGCCAUCGGGAUCAAUGAGACCUACUCUUACAAUUCGGGUGAUGUCAACAUGGUCUAUCAAGCUGUUUUUGCCGCUUUUCGUCAAGACAUUCCAGGAGUUUGUAGAGCCCGAUCAGCCUUUGCUUAUUACCUUGGUGCCACUUAUUCUGAUUGCAUGGAUCCUUUCACAAUUGCUGCAAUCGCCAGCACUGAGAUUACAGCUUUUGAUGCUGUCAGCUACGGACAAAUCUGGAAUCGACUCGAGUUUGCGUGUGGUGGAGGAUUCAGCAUUGCCAUUGCUGACUAUCCCUGCAUAUACAGCGCCACUCAAACAAGUCGAUUUUCGGCGUGCUAUCAAGAAUUCCGCAACGCUACCAACAACUAUUCCGAUUUUAACAUCUUUUGCAAAGGUGUUGCUGUAUAUGCACAAUGCGGUGAGACGGCUGUUCGAGAGAUGCAAUGCAAAAAUGAUCUCUCAGCCUGGUAUCUUUGUGAGAGUCUGCGAUAUGGAAAUGGAAAGCUCUGUCCGGGACUCCGAUGCUUUACCAAUUAUCUU